AUGAAUUAAUAACCCCUUUCUAUGGAUUCAAGCUAAAUUAACCUAUUAAAAAAUUUAGAUGACAUUGAUGAUAUCUUCAAUGGAUUGGCAUAAGAUGAUGGAGCAUAAUUGGAUCAAGAUUUUGAGGACUUUUUAGAAUGUUUUAGUGAUGACGAGGAUUCUGAAGAGGAAUCUAACUAUAGACCAUUUCCAAGUUUUAGAAAUCCAAGUCCAUCAUUUUAAAUUUCAACGAUUGCUGAAUCUGAUUAGGUGUUAAAAAAAUAAACAGAAGAAAGACUAUUGGCUCCUUCUGGUGAUCAUUAAUUCCCAAUUUACGACGACUAAUAACAAGAGGACUCGAUUGAUGAAGAUGAUGACCUUUCUGAUUUUUUUGACAGCUUUGAUAUAAAUAACACAAAUUAAAAUAAGGAGGAUGAAGUAAAUUAUAUCGAAAUAAAAUAUUUUGAUGAGACAUACAAAAUACCAAUAUUUACGGCUAAAUUAUUUGAACCAGAGUAACCUCUCGAGGAUAGACUACUUUUUGAAAAUACUGAAUUAGUUUUAUGUAAAACCGAAAUGCAUGAUUUUCAUAAGCAUUUAGAAAGAAUUCUAUCUUAAGACCAGAAAAACAUUAAUGAUUUCACAUUUUCUGUAAUGAUUUUAAAAAUUCAAUCUGCUUUACUGGUUGAUCUUUUAAAAUCCUUUCAAAAAAUGAAAGAUUUUUAGCAAGUAUGGCUAGAGGUAUCUCCAUCAUUUAUAUGCUAAGAAAAAGUAACAUAAUUUGGAAGACAGUUAAAACUAUUUUAAGAAUCAGUCAAUUAUGUGAUCGACAGUAAUUCCAACAAGAUUACAAGUCGAAGAUUUUUUGAUAAAUAAAAACCAGCAUACUUUUAGGAUAAAAAGAAGGAUAGCAAAAAGAAGGAAUUGACCGAAGAGGAAAAAAUUUUGGAACUUCAAUAAAUACCGUAUAAUUAGAAUUUCAAUCCUUAAUCUAGUUUGGUUAGCAUACUUUUUUUUAAGGCGUAGGCUCUAUUUGAAUCGUGGUUACAAUUCUUGCAUCACAAAAAGAAUUCUGAAAAAUAUAAAGAAAUUACAAAUAGAUUUAUUCGGUUAUAUGGACACUGGAAAACUGUGAAAUUAUUAAAAGAGUUUGCGAACUUCGUUGCAAGAACAAAAUAGACCUACAUGAAACAAUUAAAAGGAGAUGAUCAAUAAUAAGAUCUAAAAGAAGAAUUAAAAUUCUACUAGAAUUUCUUAUCCAUGAAGACUUUAGGAAUAGUUAAUAAUUUAACUAAAUCUUCGACCUUGAAUUUGAGUGGUGGCAAAUUUAAAGUCAAAGCUCUAAGCCAAAUUAAGGUACCUUAAAAAUAAAAGUACAUUUCGUAACAAUAUCUAAAUUAUACUUAAGAACUAUAUUGA